UGGAAUUGAUCUAUAAAUAAGGAAAUAAAUAAAAAGCGUAAACAUUUGAAAAACAACAAAAAUAAAUAAAAACAAACAAAUAUGCCAGAGGUAAUACAAUUAGCUGGUGUCCUUUCCGGCCACAGUGGCUGGGUUACUCAGGUGGCGCCGCAUCCGUACGAUCAGGAUCUGUUGGUAUCAUCGUCCCGGGACAAGACCAUCAUCGUGUGGCGUUUGACUCGUGAGAGCCAGAAUAACUAUGGGUAUACGCUGAAACGGAACUAUGGGCACUCGCACUUCAUCAGCGACGUGGUGCUCUCUUCCGAUGGCAAUUUCGCGCUGUCCGGUUCCUGGGAUCGCACCAUACGGCUGUGGGAUUUGACAGCCAGCGCCACGACGCAUCGCUUUGAAGGACAUGCCAAGGAUGUGCUUUCGGUGGCCUUUUCCCCAGACAAUCGACAGAUAGUCUCGGGCUCGCGUGAUCGCACCAUCAAGCUGUGGAACACGCUGGCGGAUUGCAAGUACACCAUAACCGAUGACUGCCAUACCGAUUGGAUAUCUUGCGUGCGCUUCUCACCCAAGCAUUCCAAUCCGUUGAUCGUCUCGUGCGGCUGGGAUCGCACCGUGAAGGUCUGGGACUUGACCCACUGCAAGCUGCGUAAUAAUCAUCAUGGACACACUGGCUACCUAUCCACGGUGGCCGUCUCGCCGGACGGCUCGCUGUGCACAUCGGGCGGCAAGGAUGCCAAGGUGCUCUUCUGGGAUCUGAGCGAUGGCCGCAAUCUAUAUCCGCUGGAUCAUCAUGAUGUGGUUAAUGCCAUGUCUUUUUCACCCUGCCGCUACUGGCUUUGUGUUGCCUGCGGCUCAUCGAUAAUUGUAUGGGACCUGGCCUCAAAGAAAGCCGCAUUUGAUCUGUGGCUGGAGGAUGUGCCGCCAACGGCCAAAGGUGAUCUGCCACAGUGCCUGUCACUGGCCUGGUCCAUAGAUGGCCAGACACUCUUUGCUGGCUACUCGGACAACAAGAUACGCGCCUGGCAGGUGCUAUCUGGACAAUAAAACUCAAGUCCCACACAUUUCUGGACUUUAUCUAGCAUGACACCAUUUAAUAACUAGCUGAUUUGUUUAUUCUAUGUUAAGGGAAUCAAAUAUUAAAA